AUCCCUUCGCGCAAACUCAUAGCAGCACUCCACCAUGGCUGACCAUAAGUGGACAGGUUGUGUUAAAAGUCUGAAAGGUGUGAUUUUAGACAUGUGUGGUGUAUUAUACGACAGUGGAGAGGGUGGAGGUGUACCGAUUUCGGGAUCAAUUGAAGCUGUGAAAAGACUGAAGGAGUCAGACCUGCAGUUGCGAUUUUGCACCAAUGAGACACAAGCCACACGUGAGAAGUUUGUUGCGAAGCUCCAGAGGAUGGGCUUUGAGCUGUCCGUCAGCGAGGUGUUCUCUCCUGCUCCAGCAGCUGUGUCUAUCCUCAAACAGCGGGGUCUCAGACCCCAUCUCUUGGUGCAUGAUGAUGUAGUGUCAGAGUUUGACAGCGUGGACAAGACGAGCCCCAACUGUGUGGUCAUAGGAGAUGCAGCAGACAAGUUCUCUUAUAAGAAUCUGAACGACGCCUUUCAGGUCCUCAUUGGGCUGGAGAAACCUGUGCUGUUCUCACUGGGAAGAGGGCGAUAUUACAAAGAGACAGAUGGUCUUAAACUGGAUGUUGGCGUGUAUAUGAAGGCCUUGGAGUAUGCCAGUGAUGUUGAGGCUGAGGUGGUUGGGAAGCCAUCAGCUAUGUUCUUCCAGAGUGUUCUCGAUGACAUGGGGAUUCAACCACACGAGGCUCUGAUGAUCGGUGAUGAUUUGGUAAAUGAUGUUGGUGGUGCACAACAGUGUGGGAUGAAGGGCCUCCAAGUAAGGACAGGAAAAUACAGGUAGGAGUGUUACAGACGUCCUUGUAUGCAUUAUGUAUAUUGUAUUAUGUUCUCAACCUAAUGUUUGAAUAGAUUUUUCUUUACAUUUGAAGAGUUGUUUUUUUCAGUUGUGCAACAUGAUUGAACAAUAGAUUUUGAGGACCACUAGAGGGCACCAGAUGCCCAUAUUCCAAAGAGUUUCCAAUUUCUGUAAAUGGUAUGAUCAGGUUGAUUUAAGGAUUAUCUGUGUUCAUUUUUCAAGGAAAGGUUUGAGUAAAUUGACAGUGGUCAGCUUCAGCUAUCUGGUUGCCACAGAGGUAUGUCCAUGACCUCUAGAACAUGAUGCAACUCUAAUGAAUUGUUAUCCUGGCCACAUGUUCUGUAUUUGGACCAGAAGCAGCCUAAUUGUUGGAGUGCUCAGAAGAGUCUGGGACAGGGGCGGAGAUCCCAUUCCGUUGUAGGGGGGACAAUACAUGGUAACAUUUCAGAGAAUAAUUCUUGGGGGGGGGGGACACAGAAAAAUUGCAGAUGACUCCGCCCCCUACCCCCGCGACAGAGUUUUGCCAUCUUUUUCACAUGCAGGGACGUAAUAACUAGUUUUUAAAAUACACAGAGGAACGCAAAU